ACUCAAGCUCAAGGUAGCUCGCCAGACGACCAGAAGUAGCUCUCGCCUUCAUCAGCAGCGGCAGCGCAGCCGCGCAGGCCACCGGUAGCUGCCAGAAGCUCACGUACAGAGCGAAGCGAAGAAGCUAGCAAUGGAGCACGGGUACCCCUGCAACGGCUGCGGCGGCAACAAGGAGAAGAGGCCGCCGCUCAAGAGGGGGCAGCUCAAGGUGCAGAUAGUCAAGACUCUGCUGGGCAGCCUCGCGGUGCCCGCCGGAGCCGGCGCAGCCAACAGGGAGCGCAGCUUCGGGAGAUGAGCAAGCUUCUCUGCUUCUGCUACCUGACCAAGCCACAUCCAGAUGUCUGGUGUGUGGUGCUUCACGCAGGGAAUAUUGUGCAGACUGAUGUGUGUCUUCCCCUUUGUUUAGUUUGGUAGUUGUAGGGUCCAAGUUUUGCCCCUUUGUACUCCCCCUUUUAUUUGCAGCUUAGAGCUAUGUCGUGGAGAGCCUGUUGCUCUAUCGUGAUUUGGCUGGUAAUUUGGCGGCUAAUUUAUGAACCUUUCCUGAUUCUUUCG